AUGUCGUCGCCGAAGGAAAUUCGCUGGGGCAUCAUGGCCACCGGUUGGAUUGCCCAAACCUUCGUCAAAGACCUUCUUGUUGACCCGUCCACACGUAACGUCGAGGACAUCCGCCACGUCGUUACCGCAGUCGCAUCCUCCUCGUCACUGUCCUCCGCAGAAAAGUUCGUUUCCAACUUUGUUUCCGCAUCUCAGUCCACAAAAUGCACGCCCUACGGCUCCUACGAAGAACUAGUGAAAGACACAUCUGUGGACAUCAUAUACAUUGGCUCGCCACAUUCUCACCACUACCAAAACUCCAUGCUCUGUCUUGCCCACAAUAAGCCUGUCCUCUGCGAGAAGGCCCUCACAGUCAACGCCGCGCAAGCUAAGGUCCUAUACAAGACCGCGAAAGAGAAGAAUCUUUUCUUUAUGGAAGCUGUGUGGACCCGCUAUUUCCCGCUCAGCCAGAUGAUUAGGAAACACAUUAUGGAUAAUGACAUCGGCGAGGUAAUACGCGUCACCUCAGAUUUGAGCAUUGGUGCUGUACCUGAGAAGGAUUUUGACCUGGGUCACCGCAUGGUGAACCUUGACCUGGCAGGUGGGGCUCUCCUCGACCUGGGUAUUUAUGCUCUCACGUGGGUUUUCCAAACGAUGUAUCACACGCUACCUCCCCAACUCAGACAACAAUCUCGCCCCAAAGUAAUUGGGGCAGCCAUGGCUUUCGAACCUCGCACCGGCGCCGACGAGUCUACACUGAUACUUCUUGAAUUUCCCAAAUCAACUCCGGCCGGGAAGACGAAAGCUCACGCCGUGGCCACUACGGCUAUGCGUGUCAGCGACGAUCCCGCACGAGGACACGAGAGCAAUGGCGAUGUGGAAACUCCUGCGGUACGCAUACAAGGCGAAAGGGGCGAGAUCCAGGUAUAUGGCCCGAUAUAUAGGCCGAUGCGGUAUCGCCUGGUGCCGAAGGACAAAACAGUGGAGAUUCUGCAUCGGAAAUUUGAGUUCCCAAGCGGUUGCCACGGUAUGAUGUAUGAAGCCGACGCCGCUGCCCGCUGCCUAGUUGCUGGGGAACUGGAAUCGGAAACCUUACCGUGGGCGGAAUCCACGCUGAUAAUGGAGACUAUGGACGAGGCGAGGAAGCAAGGCGGGUUGGUAUAUCCAGCUGCGAUCGAGACUACCGAGUACCCUGUGAAAUUGACUGCCAAGGUGUAA